AUGCCAGCCACUGUCAUUGAUGGAAAAGCCGUUGCGCAGUCUGUGCGCAGCGAUGUAAAGACCAAAAUUGCAGAAACCAAAGCAAAGUAUCCUCACUUCAAACCCCACCUCGCCAUCGUGCAAGUCGGUGGACGCGAUGACUCGUCGGUCUAUAUCCGUAUGAAAGAACGCGCUGCCAAGGAGGCCGGCAUCGAUUUCACUUUACAAAAGUUGCCCGAAACUGUGUCGCAAGCUGAAUUAUUGGAGAAGGUGCGCGUAUUGAACGACGACUAUCGUAUCCAUGGCAUUUUGGUCCAAAUGCCUUUGCCUUCGCAUAUCGAUGAAACAUCCGUUGUCGAGGCGAUUGAUUAUCAAAAGGACGUCGAUGGCUUCCAUACCAUCAACAUUGGCAACAUGGCCAAGAAAUCCGCCGAACCAUUGUUCUUGCCUUGCACACCAAAGGGUAUCAUUACGUUGCUCCGUUCCACCGGUAUUGAACUUGGUGGCAAGCGUGCUGUUGUCUUGGGGCGUAGUGACAUCGUGGGCGCGCCUGUUGCAACACUUCUCACGGCGGAGAACGCCACUGUGACCUUGUGUCAUUCCAAGACGCAGGAUGUGGAGAGCAUAGUUCGCGAAGCAGAUAUUGUUGUCGUGGCUAUCGGUAAAACCGAAUUUGUCAAGGGUAAUUGGAUCAAACCUGGUGCUGUUGUCAUUGACGUGGGCACCAACGGUGUUCCUGACUCUACCAAGAAGUCUGGUAUGCGUUGGGUAGGUGAUGUGGAAUACAGCAAGGCUGCUGAAAAAGCAAGCGCUAUCACGCCCGUUCCUGGCGGUGUCGGUCCCAUGACCGUUGCCAUGCUAAUGGAGAACACAUUCGCCAGCGCUAAGCGGUGGUUCGAGUUGAGCCGUGAACGCAAGAUCUCACCUCUGUCACUCGAGCUGAAGACGCCUGUGCCCAAGGAUAUUGAAAUUGCCAUGCAACAAACUCCCAAGCACAUGGAAGUCUUGUGCCGUGAGCUUGGUCUGAGCCCCGGAGAGUACGAAUUAUACGGUGCUACCAAGGCCAAGAUUGGAUUGGAUGUGCUUAAGCGUCUUGAGCACCGCAAGGAUGGCCGUUAUAUCGUCGUGACAGGUAUUACCCCUACUCCCUUGGGUGAAGGCAAGUCCACUACUACCAUUGGUCUGGUCCAAGCAUUGGGCGCCCAUUUGAACAAGGUUGCCUUCGCCUGCGUCCGCCAGCCUUCCCAGGGCCCCACCUUUGGCAUCAAGGGCGGCGCUGCAGGUGGUGGCUACUCCCAAGUAAUUCCUAUGGAUGAAUUCAACUUGCACUUGACUGGCGAUAUCCACGCCGUCACUGCUGCCAACAACUUGCUUGCUGCUGCUAUUGAUGCACGCAUGUUCCACGAAAACACUCAAACAAACAAGGCGCUGUUCAACCGUCUGUGUCCCGCUCAAAAGGGUGUAAGAAAGUUCGCUCCUGUCAUGUUGAAGCGCCUCCAGAAAUUGGGCAUCAACAAAACCCAACCCGAAGAACUUACUGAAGAAGAAGUUGCACAUUUCGCACGCCUCGACAUUGAUCCCGAAACCAUCACCUGGCAACGUGUUGUCGACAUUAACGACCGUUUCCUGCGCAAGAUCACUGUCGGCCAGAACCCUACUGAAAAGGGACAGGAACGUACGACUGGUUACGAUAUUGCCGUCGCUAGUGAAGUCAUGGCCGUAUUGGCCCUCGCUACAGAUCUUAAGGACAUGCGCCAGCGUCUCGGCAACAUGGUCAUUGCAAGCUCCAAGAGCGGUGAGCCCAUCACUGCCGACGACAUUGGUAUCGGUGGUGCCUUGACUGUGCUUAUGAAGGAUGCCAUCAAGCCCAACUUGAUGCAAACAUUGGAGGGCACACCCGUGCUUGUCCAUGCGGGUCCUUUCGCCAACAUUGCUCACGGAAACUCUUCGAUUCUCGCCGACAAGAUCGCACUUAAGCUCGCAGGUACCGAGCCUGAAAUGGAACCUGGUUACGUUGUCACCGAAGCUGGUUUCGGUGCUGACAUGGGUAUGGAGAAAUUCUUUGAUAUCAAAUGCCGCGUUUCCGGCUUGGUGCCUGAUGCUGUGGUGAUUGUUGCCACUGUCCGAGCCCUCAAGAUGCACGGCGGUGCUCCCGACGUCGUUGCUGGCAAGCCUCUCCCUGAUGCUUACACCGAAGAAAACCUCGAGUUCUUGGAGAAGGGCUGCGCCAACUUGAGCAAGCAUAUCGAAAACGCAAAGAAGUUUGGCAUUUCUGUUAUCGUUGCCAUCAAUCGAUUCACCUCGGAUACUGACGCCGAAAUGGAAUUGAUCCGCAAGCUCUCCUUGGCUGCUGGAGCUGAUGACGCUGUUGCAUGUGAUCACUGGGCCCGUGGUGGUCUGGGCGCUGUCGAUCUCGGCAAAGCUGUGGUCACCGCAUGCGAGAAGGACAAGGAGUUCAAGUUCUUGUACGAUCUCGACCAGCCUAUCGAGAAGAAAAUCGAAACCAUCUGCAAGGAAAUCUAUGGCGCCGAUGGUGUUGAGCUCAGCGACCUUGCCAAGAGCAAGAUCGAGACGUAUACCAAGCAAGGAUUUGGCUCGCUCCCCAUCUGUAUGGCCAAGACGCAGUACAGCUUCAGUCAUGAUGGUGCAUUGAAGGGAGUGCCCACAGGUUUCACUGUGCCAAUUCGUGAUAUCCGAGCCUCGGUCGGUGCUGGCUUCCUUUACCCAUUGGUGGGCUCGAUGCAGACUAUGCCUGGCUUGCCUACUCGCCCUUGCUUCUUUGACGUUGAUCUUGAUGAUGAAGGAAAGGUUGUUGGUCUUUUCUAA